AGGAAGAAUCCUCAGAGUGGGAAGAAGAAGAAGAAGAAUUUCCUCGAGAGGAAUAUAUUCAAAUGUACAAAACACUAUUUUAUGAGAAAAUAAAAUUAGGAAAGAAGAAUAUAAUCUUACAGAAACAAAUGCAUGAGUAUUGUAAAAAACGCAAGUUGGAUGUUUAUUUUGAAGAAAUUGAAACUCCAGAUCCAAAAUUGGAAGCAAAGUAUACAAGACAACUAACUGCAUUUGAGGAAUUUGUAGAAUUUGAGAAAAAUAGGCAUGUAACAUUAAAAGAAGAAUUACAAAAAUUAGAAUUGGAUAAAAUUGAAGCGGAACAAGAUCUAGAUCGUACUAUAGAAGAACUUAUUGCAAUAGAAAAGCACACAGGUUCAGGUUUGAUUUCUGCAUCCAGUGGAAAAGCUUUAGGAGAAAAGACAGUGGAUAAGUUGUUAAUAAAACAAAGAAAAACGAUACAAGAUCUUUACGAAACGCGACUUAGAUACAUCAAACUCAGAGAUACCUUAGCAGGAAAGGAAGCAAUAUUGAAGAAGCUUGAAACAUUGGGAGAAGGUUUACAUUUGUUGGAUUAUGAACAACUCAGAAUGGAGAAUCAGAGUUAUAGUGAUAAAAUUGAAGAACGCGACGAAGAAUUAACGCGUCUACGGAACAGUGCAACAUCAUCAAUACAAAUAUUGGCCCAUAUCAGAGAAAAAGCUAACUCAACAUCAUUGAGUAUUGAUGAUCUUUAUGAUGAUCUUGAAUUUGUUGAAAUGGAAGCAAAC